AUGGGCGAAGAAAUUGCUAAACCAAGUGGUCGCAAACGCGGUCGUCCUCGAACUGUGACUGACGAUCAAGAAGUACCGGAGAGACGUCGUAAACAACUCCGCCUCGCACAGCAGGCAUAUCGCAAACGAAAGGAGACCACGAUCGGUAACCUGCAAACUCGCGUACACGAAUUAGAAACCGGCAUCGAGGAUAUCAGCCACUCUUUCCUCUCCUUCAGUAAUCUUCUUAUAGAAGAGCAACUUCUUCCACAAUAUCCGCAUAUCGCGUUGGCCCUACAAAACAUAACUCAGCAAUGCGUGUCACUUGCGAAGGCCGGGAGCGAUGAACCGACUGAGGCCCUUCCCCUCGUUCGCGCCACAAAGGAGUCCCGAGUCACAAAUAAUAAUACAGCCCAGACACCAGUUCUGGAUAACGCAUGCUCAGAAACUUCAACAGAUGCCGAGGAUAUAAUACCAUCAGCUGCCACGAGCUGGCCCAGCCCUCCUACUCCACCACCUCAAGGUUCACCAAUUCUGCCAUUUGACCUCGUGUCAUCUACUAUUCAAUUCCCUGAUAUCACUCCGCCAUUAUCGAACUCCUCACCACUAGAUCUACAAUCUAGUAAUAUAACGCCUGGCAGGCAGUGGAAUAUCGCACAGCGUAUAGUCCGGGCUUGCUGUCAGAACGGAUACCGCCUUCUUGUCGACAAUCCACACCAAUCCACAAUCCAGCAUAUCUUUGGGUCUAUUCCCAGUCUGUCAGAACGCCAUAAGCUGGUAUCAGGCUUUUACGCUGUCCUACAAGAUAAGACCGGUGACUUGAUAGAUCGCAAGACUAGUGUGUUUCACGGCCUGCGGACCAGUAUGAACAUAUAUUCGGGUGAACAACUCCAGGUCUCAUCUAGAACAUGGCAAAUUGUGCUUGAAUCGGCUUCUGGUGAGUGGCUGGAUGCCAUCGGAGUGCAAAGAUAUCUGCGCGACAAGAGAGCGAUCGUUGAGAACUUUCGUGAUUCCUCUGGCCGUUUUGAGUAUUCAGUCUCGUCAUCACUUGAUGUAACGACAUUCAUUAAAUUCCUCUCAAAGGAAGCCAUAUGCGUUGGGAAUGGUCCGGCAUUCCGACGGCAGGGCGUUGAAAAAGCCCUUCGUCUGGCAACAAUAAGUUUGCCCUGGGAUUUCGAUAAUCUUUGUGAUUUAUAG